UUGCAUAAGUGGGAGGAGAAGCAGGCAGUCCAAACAGAGAUUUUUAACACAGUCUGGAAGUUUGAUGAAACUUUUUCAAAGUACGCAAAGCACAACAAAAGGAACUGAAGAUCCAAUAAGGCUGUCAAUGGCUUGCACGAAAUGAUGGGGUCAGGACUCUAAAACAGAAGAUGGGCUUUACUAUUGUAGUUAUUUCAAGAUUAUACUCUAAUAUAUUCUAUGAUUGCAUUCAGAUCUAAACAAGAGCCAGUUUAGCCUAAUAAAGCCAAUGUUUUAUUAUUUUAACUAAUAACGAUCAAUAAAAGGACUUUUCUGACAGCAGUGGAUUAAGAAAUUCAGAGGACAGCAUGGUAUUUUCUGCUUUUGGUGGCUAAAGUCUAAGACUUCCUGAGGUCCAAGUCCUGUGAUUUAUACUUCUGAAGAUAAUCUGGACAAGAGGCUAAUCUUAUGAAAUGUUCCAUUUUACAUCAAGACGUCAACCAAUAAAACUGUGGCAAAAAUAACCUUGUCAUAAAGAAAAAAGGAAAACAAAUCAAAGGAUCUGUGUUCACAGAUUCAUACCUGCAAAAUCCAUUAAAAUAAAGGACUGAGUGAAGGAAGUGCAAUGGAGGCAAUGGGAUGGCUUUGUUUGUUUCUCCUAACUAUAUUUAUGCCAGCAGUAAGUAAAGCAGUUGAAGAAGAUGUCAUAGAUGAAAUAACUGAUCAGGGCUUGCUUUAUAAGGAUAAACGAUCUACAGACACACAGGAGAAUAAAUGUUCAUAUACCUUUAUUGUACCCCAGCAGAAGGUUUCAGGUGCCAUUUGUGUGAAUUCUAAGGAACCUGAUUCCGUUCUUGAUAACAAGGUAAAUAAACAAGAACUGGAUGUGCUAAACAAUGAACUCUUAAAACAAAAAAGACAAAUAGAGACACUGCAGCAGCUGGUAGAAGUUGAUGGGGGGAUUGUUAAUGAGGUAAAACUGCUUCGAAAGGAAAGCCGCAAUAUGAAUUCCAGAGUUACACAACUUUACAUGCAACUUCUACAUGAAAUCAUAAGGAAAAGAGACAAUGCAUUAGAGCUUUCUCAGCUGGAGAAUCGGAUCUUGAAUCAGACCAAUGAAAUGCUUCAGCUCUCUAACAAGUACAAAGACCUUGAGCAUAAAUACCAGCACCUCGCCUCACUUACUAAUAAUCAGUCCAUUAUCAUCAGGCAGUUGGAGGAGCAGUGCCAGCGAAUAACACCAAUCAAGCCAGUCCCAGCCCCAAUACCACAGCCACCAAGGCAGCCACCUAGAGUCUAUCACCCUCAUACCUAUAACCGCAUUACCAACCAGAUCACCAAUGAGAUUCAGAGUGACCAGAAUCUAAAGGUUUUGGUACCAACACCAUCAACCACAAUGCCAUUAGAACCUGCCAUUUCGACUGCAAUGGAUAAGCCUUCAGGACCAUGGAAAGACUGCCUCCAGGCUCUGGAAGCUGGCCAUGACAAAAGUGGAAUUUAUUUAAUUAAACCUGAAAAUGCAAAUCGUCUUAUGCAAGUCUGGUGUGACCAAAGACAUGACCCUGGUGGCUGGAUUGUCAUUCAAAGGCGACAGGAUGGAUCUGUCAAUUUUUUUAGGAAUUGGGAAACAUACAAACAAGGAUUUGGAAACAUAGAUGGAGAGUAUUGGCUUGGGCUGGAAAAUAUUUAUUGGCUAACCAAUCAAGAUACAUACAAGCUGCUUGUGACAAUGGAGGACUGGUCAGGCCGCAAGGUGUUUGCUGAGUAUGCUAGUUUCAGGCUGGAGGCAGAAACAGAGCACUACAAGCUGCGAAUUGGACGUUACCAUGGCAAUGCUGGAGACUCUUUUACUUGGCACAACGGAAAGCAGUUUACAACAUUAGACAGAGAUUAUGAUGCAUACACAGGUAACUGUGCACAUUAUCAGAAAGGAGGAUGGUGGUACAAUGCCUGUGCCCAUUCAAAUCUCAAUGGAGUUUGGUACCGAGGUGGUCAUUACCGCAGCAAGUAUCAAGAUGGAGUUUACUGGGCAGAGUUUCGAGGAGGGUCAUAUUCCUUGAAGAAAGUCACAAUGAUGAUCAGGCCUAAUGCUAACACAUUUCAUUAGAAGAAAUGUCUUAUUUCUUGAGUAAUUUCUAAAAAAAUAAAAUAGAGAAUAAAAACGAAAUAACUGAUGGUACUGUUUUUGGUAGCAUUGUAAAUGAUCAUCCACAAAGCAGUUUGUCAGAGACAAACAACAUAGAAAUUACAAAGUUGUACAUUUAUUUUUCAAAAAGUCUCUAUUUUAUUAUGGUUCUUAUUGUGUACUAUUCAAAUAUAUAGUUUAAAGCCAACCAUCACUUACAGAAAAAGCCUGGUGUAAUACACAUUUAGAAGUAUUUGCUGGUCCAGCAUUUAUUCAUUCAAGAUUUGGCACACACAGACAUUUCAAAAUGUAUAGUGAACAAUGUGUAUUAAAGUACUAAGAAAACCCAUGUGUAUACAACUAAGUAAAAUAUUGCCAUGGCACAUAUCCAUCAAUCUAUCUAUUCACAACACCUGUUUCCCAUUUUUACACAUAAGUUCGGGAUGUCACUCACUUCAAAGUGACAGUCAUCUUGAGCCAAGGUUCACACUGCUGGUGGCUAGCCAUGGCACAUAUAAUUUAUCUUAAACCAUUAAAAAUAACCAUUUCAAACACAAUUUGUUGUGCAAUAUGCAAGAAUGAUACUUCUGCCUAUUGACACUGGAAAUAAUAUCUAGUGAAGAUACACAGCUAUUGAACAUUAGCAUGACUCAAUUCAAUUUAGCUCAGUUCAUAUAAGGUGUUCCCCAAAACAUGAAUGCAACAAAUCCAAAAUACAAAAAUGAGUCAGGCUGAAACUAACAAAUGUAUACUUAACUUUUAGAUCUGCCAUAGACAUCAUGGUGGCUAAGUGGGUUAAGGUUUCUACUUCAGAUUUCCAUGGUCUGUGGUAAAUUCCUGCCCUUCAGCCAUAGUUUUGUGGAGUUUACAUAUCAUCUCCAUGUCUGCAUAAGUCUUCACCACAUACUCUGUUUCACUUCCCAAAACAUACUAGCUGACUGAAACUGGCUGACUAGAAUAAAUCAUUUAUACAUCAUCCUGCCAUUUACCGCUGACCUUGUGGCUUAGGCCAUCACAGAAAGAGAUAUUUGUAUUACUCUUCUAAACUGCCAUAUCAUGCAAGAAUGACUGUAAAUAAUUCUCCCAAAUCUAUUGGGAAACAGCACAUCAAUUUAAGCUGCAACCAUUUCAUAAAAGCAUGCACUUAAAUAAGAUUUAUUUAUCCAAUUUUUGUAAACUUAAAACUCCUUAAAAAAAACUUUUGUUUUAAAAAGAAAAUAUUUGGUGAUUUUAGUAAAGAAAGAAAACAUAUAUUGUAUAUGUUUACAAAAAAAUAAUGAAUACAGAAUCUUUUCUUGAAACUAGUGCAUGCAAAGCCUUCCUGGAUGAUAUUUUGCGAGUGCUGCAUAUUUCUUUGCACAUUUAAUUAAAUGCACGGUUGCCUUAUGAUACACUGAGGUCAGUGAUCGAUCAAAUUUUGUUAUUGAAAAUGGUAACAGGGUUAUCCACCUUUGCAGGCGAAUGAUGGGUACCAAAGUAUAAGUGUUAUUUAAUGUCUGUAAUAAUGCUAGGAUAUUUUAAUGUUAUAACCAUGUCCAUGUUAAUUCCAGUAUGUAAGUACAGUGAAUCUGUUCAUUGGUACUGUCACCAUGUUCAUAAAAUAAAAACAUUUAUUUUGUCUGCAGUUAGAAAUUAAGGAAAAAUUGGGCAGCAGUAUUUUGUAUCUUCAUCAAUGUUUUUCACCAGCACCACAGCAGGUUUCUAAAUCCAUAUUAUUAUUAAAGUAUAGACAAAAGAAUCUAAUAACUGUAACAUCAAUUAUUACUGAGAACAGAUUAAGUUAAUCUGGAUUUUUUGUAUUCUUAUUGUAUUUAUACAUUGUAUUUGCUGUUUUUUUUUUAAUAUUAAAUAUGCCAGAUAUGCAUCUAAGUGCUAAAUUUCAUAAACCAUAUUCUUUUGUAUAUACUAUCCAGUGUUUUUGUAAACUGUCUUCAGGAAACAUCACUGUAUUCCAACAAUCCAGCAAUAAAGGUACUACAUCAUUUUGAUAAAUUA